AUUCAGUAAUCCUUGAAACGGGUGAAUAUGAUCAACAGUUGUUUGAGUGGUUUUACAAGGAAGGUCACACAUGGCAACUCUGUUACAGAGCAUCAAAAAAUGGAUGGUAUGCCAAAGAUUUCCACACAAAGUGUGACAACAAGAUCCCAACUGUAGUCUUGGUGAAAGUAAAUGACUAUAUCUUUGGAGGAUUCGCAGAUACCAACUGGAGCGGAGUAGGCAUGUUACACUUUGAAUAAACUAAAGUUAAAAUGAUAGUGAGAAUCACAAUUGCUAUAGGUCUCCAGUUUAAAGCCUGGUUUCCUUAUGACGCCGACAGUUGGCGAGUUCCAUUGUCGGUGAUUACUCAUGAGUAAAAUCCUUUGUGUAUCUGAAAUAAUUUUCCCCUUCAAUGACUACCGACAAUGAGUCGUCGUCAUAUGGAAACCGGGCUUAACUAAAACGUCACUAAAAAAAGAACGUCGCAUUAUCCGCACAUGCGGCCCUGCGAUUCCGGUGCAGCGCUCUAACCAACUGAGCUAUACAGAGGCCAGUUGUAGAACGCUGUACCGGAAUCGCAGGUUCGAUUCCUGCUAGGGACCUAUAGCCGCAUUUUUCGCAGCUGUUCCUGGUUAGGUCUAAAGGCGGAUUUCCAUUCAGUGCAAAAUGUUGAGCGAUCGACUUUUUGCGAUCGCAUUCUUUUGAAAUACAAACAGUCAAGCGGAACAAAUCUCAUUAGCUGCAGUUGACUGCACACAUUUCAAAAGAAAGCGAUCGCAAAAAAUCGAUCGUGCGACAUUUUGCACUGAAUGGAAAUCCGCCUUAAUAAAUGUAUAUAAAUUUUCACUCGAUAAUUUCCGACUACAAGACCCUUCAACUACAUCUGUAACUAACAGACACUAACAUAAUUGUUUGUCAAUUUAAAUAUCUAACUCUUAUGUUUUAUUUCUUUAGUUGGUGAAAAUAGAUCAACAAAUGCGUUCAUGUUCUCACUUUGGAACAAAGAUAACUUGCCAGCUUUUAAGUCAUCCAUUUUGGAGGUUAAUAAAGCUACUUUUUCUGGUGCAAGUUAUGGUGCAGUAUUCGGGAGUGGCACUAUAUCGUCUGGUAUUGAUUUAUUCAUCACGAGACACCCUCCUACGCAGAACUGCUACGCUAAUCUUGGCCAUGCGUACAAGCUACCAGAGGGAUACAAGAAAGGUACAGAUAAAGCAGGUGCCCUUUUAGCGGGAAGUAGCGGAUUUACGCCGAGUGAGAUUGAAGUGUUUUACCAAGUGAAAAACUAACGUGGAAAUUAGACAUGCUCUUAAGACUUAAAGCUAAAAAAUUGUAUAAGGAGACCGUUCAUUAUUUAUACCUGCAUGGGGUUGGUACUGAAGAGAAACUAAGAAC